CCUGACGUAACAGCUCAGUCCACCCAAACAAUUCUUUUCCAUCAACACUUGAAUUGUGCACCUACCACAGCUUCACAACUUCAAGAUGGAAGGCCUGGACGAAUUUGAAAAGUCGCUGGCCGCUGAGAAGGCCGAGAGGGAGCGAGCAGAACGCGACCACGACGAAAAGCGACAUCGCAAACAUAGACAUCAUCAUCGACACGACUCAGAACGCGAAAGAGACCGGGAUCGAGACAGAGACAGAGAUAGAGACGGACAUAGACAUCGCCAUCGUCGGAGAAACGAUGAAGAAGAUGAUGGUCACCGAAAUAAACGCUCGCGCCAUUCACGCGACGACGAAGACAACCACCGAUCGCGAAGACACGGCGACGACCGCCAUCGCAAGACAACAGACCCCAAAGAAGAUCUCCCCAUCCCCGACGAGGAGAAGCCAGCCAGCCAAGACCCAGUCGACCGAUCGAGAUCCCUCCAGCGAGACUCUUGGAUGACAGCCCCCUCCUCCAUCGAGGUCGACUAUAUCCACCGACCCGACAAGAACAAGUCGCCGCCUCCAAAACCCGAGCCAAAGCGUGUCGUAUCAAAGCGCGAGAUUAACACCCAUAUCCAAGACAUCAACGAGGGCAAGUCCAUCGAUGAGCUCAACAUUCCAACCGAACGAACUGUAAAUUACACUUUCGGCGACGCUGGCUCUUCAUGGCGAAUGACAAAGCUCAAAGCUGCCUACACAGCGGCUGAAGAAAGCGGUCGUCCAAUUGAAGACGUCGCCAUGGAACGUUUUGGCGAUCUACGCUACUUCGACGACGCGCGAGAAGAGAAGGAAGAGAUGGAACGACGCAAGAUCUACGGUAAAGACUACAAGGGCCACGACAAGCCAACGGGCGACCUCUACCGUGAGAGAAUGAAGAACCAACGCAAAGACUCACCACCUCCCGAACCCGAACAAGGUACAAUAAUUCCCGACACGCAUCCCCAAUCAACUCCCGUGAUGGAUCAAACCGCCCUCAACCGUCUCCGUGCCCAAAUGAUGAAAGCCAAGCUCCGUCGCGCCCCGAAUGCCGCCCAGCUCGAAGAAGAAUACAACAAAGCCGCAGCAAUGUUCGCCACAGCCCAAUCCAACCCCGAAGCCGUCGUUCUUAGCGUAAUGGACAAUCGCCAGCUCGCCGGUACGCGUAACGAAGCUAAAGCCAUCACCAACAAACGCGGUCGCGAGCGCGGAAACGUGGAAGAGAACACAGAAAUGACAAUUGACGAUAUGGUUCGCGAGGAACGUCGCACGAAGAACCAAGCAGGCGGCGAAGGUCUCCGUCUAGCAGAACGCAUCGCAAAAGACGGUAAGUUCGAUAACGAUCUGGAUUACAUGGACGAAAACGCCGAAAAGCUCGCCAAGCGCCUGCACAAAUCCGACAUCAAUCUCAAGAACAUGGCCGUAUCCGAGUUCCAGAAGAUGUCUCGCGCACUGGACAAUUGUCCCCUGUGCCACCACGAAGACAAGAACCAACCGCCCCUCGCACCCGUCAUCGCCCUCGGUACACGCGCCUUCCUCACCCUUGCGACCGAACCCGAGAUCUCCCCCGGCGGCGCCGUCAUCGUCCCUCUCGCACACCGCGCGAAUCUUUUAGAGUGCGAUGACGAUGAGUGGGAGGAAAUACGAAACUUCAUGAAGAGUCUCACGCGCAUGUAUCACGAACAAGGUCGCGAGGUCGUAUUCUACGAAAACGCGGCGCAGCCCCAUCGGCGCAUGCACGCAGCCAUGGUCGCCGUCCCGAUACCCUACGAAGAAGGCGCCACGGCUCCCGCGUACUUCAAAGAGGCGUUCCUGUCAUCCGAUGAAGAGUGGAGUCAGCAUCGCAAGAUCAUCGACACAGGUGCGAAAGCGCGCGACGGCAUGGGCCGCUCCGCGUUUAGACGCUGUAUCGCGAAGGAGAUGCCGUAUUUUCACGUGUGGUUUACGCUAGAUGGUGGAUUGGGCCAUGUUGUUGAAGAUGCGGGUCGCUGGCCAAAGGGCGAUCUUUUCGCGCGUGAAGUCCUGGGGGGCAUUGUUGAUGCGGAGCCGCAUGUUAUGAAGAAGCAAGGGCGCUGGAUGAGGGGCGAUCCUAGAGUGGAUGGCUUCAAGAAGGGAUGGCGGAAGUUUGAUUGGACGAGAAUGCUCGCGGAGGGAUAAUUAAUUAAAGUAGAAGCGUGAAGGUAUCAUUGAGAGAAGCUAUCAUUAAGCGUUGAUAUGUAAAAGACAUUACAUGGGACAUGGCAGUCCCCGAGAUUAAUGUUAUAUAAGAAACAAACGAGAUAUCAUACUCCAACCUUGGUCCCUCAACCAAACCAAGCAUGAAGCCCGUCUCUGGGGUAUCAAGACCGACCGACCGAUCGGACAAAGCCCAUCACACUCGCGCUAGCCAUGAGACCGUGGCCCUCACCUUCGAGAACACGAACUUCGCAGCGUCGCAUUGUCUUGCCGAGCCAUUUUACGUUAUCGACGGGGACGCGAGUGUCUCUACUGCCGUGGUGGAUGACGACGGGUCUUGUGAUGUCGACGUAGCGGAAACCGAUUGUGUGACGACGCUCGAGGCAGACGAGCAGAUCGACGGCGGGAUUUGCACCUGUUGUGGCGAGUUCCCAAAUAGCGUGCGUUAAUCGGAGGUCGUAGGUCAUUUGGCGUUCCUUAUCUGCCAUGGCGUCGGCUGCGGCUGCGAUAAUAUCCGAAUCACCUCUUGUACCUUGCGGAAUGCUCAUUCUGUCCAUAUUCUCGGAGGCAUUGGGAGGUUCCAACUCCGUGUCGCCGUGACCGGGUGAUUUGUUAUACACGUUCUCUUU